GAAGAAAUAAAAAACUGUCAUAAACAAAGCAAUAAUUACAAUUGUGAUUCAACUACUUACUUGAAGACACUAAUAAUAAUCAAAAUUGAUAUCAUCAUGUGGUCCAUUAUAUAUUAAAAUGGCAAGCUUCAUAGAGAAACAGAGAGCUCAGCUAUGGAAGAAGAAAAUGGCAAGCUUCAUAUUGUGAUGGUGCCUUGGUUGGCCAUGGGCCAUCUCUUUCCUUUCUUCGAGCUUUCCAAAUCCCUCGCUCUUAAAGGUCUCCAGAUCUCCUUUUUCACCACCCCCUCCACCAUCCAUCGCCUUCCUUCGAUCCCCAAAACCCUAACCCCUUUCUUCAAAUUCAUUCCCUUCUCACCAUCUGGCACGAACAUUGAGAACACUUCAGAUCUCCACUCUGAUGAAGGCCAACUCCUUUUUCAAGCAUACGCCGCCUUAGAGCACCGCCUCAUCGCCUUCCUCUCCGACCCUUCUUACGGAAAACCAAAUUGGAUCAUCUACGACUUCCCUGCCAUAAGUUGGGCUCCAGCACUAGCUUCCCGCUUUAGCAUGAACUCCGCUUUUUUCAGCAUCUUCAGCGCCGCUGCAAUCGCAGUUUUAGAUCAUUACGCGAAACACGAUUCGUUAAAAACACUUACAACUGCGUCGGAUAUCAUCCCCUUCCCAACCACAGUGGCCCUCCGCCGAUUCGAGGCAAUCCAGAUUCGCCCCUUUCUUCCAAAAGAAAAAAAAAGACGAACCAACGAAUUCAUGCUUAGCAGAACAUUUAGGGAGUUUGAGGGCAAAUGGAUCGAUUUGCUUGGUGAAAAUUGUAUCCCUGUGGGGUUCCUCCCUUCAUCUAUUGACGAGGAGGAGAGUGAGACAUGGAUGAGAAUAUCCAAAUGGCUUGAUGAGCAAAAGGAACAAUCGGUGAUCUAUGUUGCUUUUGGAUCUGAGGCGAUUCUUACGAGAGAGCAGAUUGAUGAGAUCGCAUUAGGGUUGGAGAAGAGUGAUUUACCGUUCCUCUGGGUUUUGCGGGUGGGAUUGCCGCCGGAGGGAUUUGUCGAGAGGAUUGGUGAGAGAGGGCUAGUGUGGAUGGGUUGGGUUCCCCAGUCCCGAUUGCUUGCCCAUCGGGCUAUCGGCGGGUUUCUGACACAUGGUGGGUGGAGCUCUGUUGUGGAAGGGAUGGUGGUUGGGGCGGCGAUGGCGGUUUUGCCGAUGAAAUAUGAACAAGGACUGACCGCAAGACAUUUGGUGGAGAGUGGUUACGCGGUGGAAAUAGUGAGAAAUGAUGAAGAUGGUUACUUUUCUGCGGUGGAGAUUGUGAGGAAGUUGAGGAUUUUGAUGGUGGAGGAGGAAGGAGAGGAGGUGAGGAAGAAAGCAAGAGCAGGGAAAGAGAUUUUUGGGAGUAAGAAGCUUCAGGAGGAGUAUAUCACUGAGCUUGUGAAAGCCCUUUGGCAGAAACAUCAGAUGGCAAACAAGCCAAUUUGAGUCGGUAAUUAUGCAUUUUGGAGACCUUCUGCUAGUGAGAGUGGAGCUAAUGACGUAAGUUCUUUGGCACAUUAAAAAUCUUAAUUUUAAUGAUUUUCAUUAAGUGAAGUAUUGUGUGUGUGGAGAAAUUAUUCUGUGUGGAGUCCAGACAGCAAGAACUGUCCAGAUUCUGAGUUUACACACAGUGUGUACAAAUUUUUGUACACACUGUUUACAAAUAUGUACGCUCACAUAUUCAAAUAAUUCUUUAUAUUCGUACUUCACACAGAAUAAUUUCUCAUGUGUACUUGUCUUUGAUGUUUUCAAUUUGUCCCUAAGUUGAAGCUUUAUUGAAUUGUUGAAGUGUCAUGUUUGUUUGUAGCAAGUGACUAUUUAUAUAAUUAUAUGUUUUAUUGGAGCAAAACUUACAUGGUAUUUAUUUUUUUAAUUAUUUUUCCUAUUGUUUUUAUAAA